UCAUUUCUCCUUUGAUUUUAAAAUGAAGAUGAUUAAUUUUCUUUUUGUAUUCAGAUAAUUUACUUCAUCAAACACAUGUAUUGUAAAGUGAAUUCUAAGUUAAACAUGAACAUGAAAAAGCACUAUUUCACAGUUAAAAAUUUGUAAAUUAUAUCUCAUAAACUGCUUUAAAUUUGUGAAGCUGUCAGUGCUAAAAAAAGUGCAACAUGUCCCUGAUGUAAUGAAAUAUUAAGCUGUAUCUACAUUCAGCAGUGUUGUAUUAUUUCAAGACCUACACAGAAGUGAGUACAAAGAGAAGCAUAUGAAAGGGAAAGAAGAACCUCAUAUGAAGGAAACGUAGAAAGACAUUAAUUAGAAACAUAAAACUACAUCCUGAAUCAGUGAUGAAGGACCAGAACGUUAAAGAGGAGGUGAUGAAGAUUAUGGAAGGAGCCCCAAACGCCAGAAGAGCUCUACUGGAAAACCACGACAACCUGCUGAGUGUAGCUGACUACUGCCACAGCAACUACCUUCAGUCAGGUGACAUGAAGGCGUUGGAGGAGACUAAGAACUUCACCACUCAAUCACUGGCCAGCGUGGCAUACCAGAUCAACUCUUUGGCCAAUAGCAUGCUGAGUUUGCUGGAGGCUCAGACCAAUCAGCUGCGUCACUUGGAGUCCUCCAUCAACCUCAUUGGUCAGACGGUGGAGAAUCACAAGGAGAAGGUUUCCAGGAGGGAGAUAGGUGUCUUCACGGCCGUGAGACGAGUUCCUCGCAGUCACAAGAUCCUCCAUCCUCUGCAGCCUCCUUCUGGCUCGCAACCCCGCCCACCUUAUAGCCGUCAACCAAUCAGCUACCAGUUGCUGGACAGCCUUGGCCACGGCGUGAAGGUCUCUGGGAAACAGGCCGACCAAACCGGAACAAUCCGCAAACACGGCACCUCCAUCAGGUCCACUAAACCUCCAGAACCUGUGCAGUGUCCAGUGGCGCCCCCUGUCAGCAGCUCUAGUUUUGGGAAACCCGUAGCUCCGCCCACUAUCCCCCCCGCCUGCCAACCUCCAACUGAUGGGGACAUUAUUACCAUGCUGCUGAACGAAGCCCCGUCUUUUGCUACACUAAAUGAGUUUUCAGCUCAGGAUGAUGAGGUCACUAAUACCUCGACCCCGCCCCCUCCACCCCCGCCUGAUUUGCCAGGAGUAUUGUUGAAUCUGCUCCCCCCACCACCUCCCCAGCCUCCCUCAGAGGCUGUAGCCGAUUACAACGCUCCUCCACCGGCUCCUUCCCUCAGCCUUGAGACAGUGGUGGAAGAGAGCAGCUUCCCUCCUCCAUCCCCCCCUCCUCCCUCUGAUGAUGAUGGCUUUCCUUCAAUGCCCAAUGAGGCCUUAGAGCUGCCAGCUCCGCCCCUUUUCCCUCAACCCAACCAGGAAGUAGAAGUGAGCCUUCUGCCGAGGAGGAGUUGCCGCCGUCGCUCGCCCCCUGCAGCUCGUUCCCUCUCUCUGAGGGUUCGCUCCAGCCCUGCAUCCCGCUGCAGUCACACUCGCUCUCUUUUCCUACCUGCUGUCCAAUCACUGAUGAUCCCCCCUCCUCCCCCCUACCCUCCUCCCCAUGCUCCUCCAUCCUUCUCUUCCUCCUCCACCCUGCUUCCACGCUCCUCUUCCUCAACUCAACUUUGCUUGCCUGCUCACCUCAAACAUUUGGAUCUCGAGCUCCCAGCCACGCCCCCUCCUUUCCUAUUGGACGAUCUGGGUGCUUUCAAUGACCUUAUGCCGCCCCUCCCUCCACCGGUUGACCACCACACAGACGCUCCUGACCAAUAUCUGGAAAAAGUGGAGGCGCUGUACAGCUAUGAGGCCUCCAAACCUGGCGACCUUUCGCUCACGGAGGGCGACGUCGUCUACCUGCUGCUUCGCCGCGACGACGGCUGGUUUGAGGGGUAUCUCCACGGAAACAGGGGAUUUUUCCCGGGAAACUAUGUCCAGUCGUGUGAUAAGAAUGCGCCUGCUGAUUCCACCAUGAAGCCCCACAGCUGGUUCAACUGAUCCAGAUGCAGUUUACUCUCCUUCCUUAUCAGCUCCCAGGAUGCAGGACUCCCUCCCUGUUCACAAAGUACACAGUUAGUAUUGCUACAUAUAUCACCCUGUACACACAGAACUACAGUCACUAUUACCACUUAUACCAUACAUAAUUACAAUCAGUACCAGUUCUUAUACCACACAGAACUACAGUGAGUAUUAGUACUUAUACACCACCCGGUACACUUAGAACUAGUCGGUUCUGGUAGGUAUACAAUAUGCUGGUACUUACAGUGCUGCACAGAGUAUUCUUCUUCAGUCUGUGGUAGUACCU